AAAUCUUAUCAAGGCGAGCGUAUACACGUAAAAAUAAUAGGCACGUAUGAGAGCAGACAGUUUUCAAUGUGAUAUGGAGGAGAAAGCGGUGUCCGACGGCGGUGCGUCUGCGCCACCGCGCUCGGAUGCGUGUGAUUACAAAAAUAAAAAAACGGGUGUGAAGACUAGAUGCAGUACUGAUGGAGAAUCGGGACCCAGUACGGGAAGACCGUCAGAAACCAACGCUGCAGGCCCUGCAAGUGACGCUGGCUAUAUCCUGGAGGCGGCGUUGGACCAGCUGGGCCCGUUCGGCUUCUACCAGCGCUACGUGGUGGUGUUACUGUGUAUACCGAACAUAUUUUCCGCCAUGUACUCCCUAAACUAUGUGUUCGUUGCCGACCAGGUGCCUUUUCGGUGCACGGUGCCAGAAUGUGAGGGUCCGUACAGCCAGUUCGCCAACGAGACAGCUACAGCACUACUGCCAAACGUCACGUGCCAGCGGUACGAGCCCCUCGAGCCCGGGCAGACCAGCUGCGACAGGAAGCAGUACCACGAUAACCGUUUAGUAGAAUGCGACCAAUUCGUAUAUGAAAAUCACGACACUAUAUUCGCCGAGUUCGACCUGGGCUGCCGCGAGUGGAUGCGCACGAUGGUGGGCACGGUGCGUAACGCCGCGCUGCCAUUCGCCCUCGUACUCACGGGAUACACUUCGGACCUAAAAGGUCGCCGAACUGCAUUCUGCAUCUUCUCAGCUUUUGCAGCGAUCAUGGGGAUAAUAAAAGCUUUGUCCAUCAACUACUACAUGUACCUCGUCUUCGAAUUCUUGGAAGCUGCUCUGGGCUACGGAUUUAACAGCGCAGCCUAUGUCAUGAUGGUGGAGCUAGCGCGUCCAUCUCUCCGCGCCGCGUUCGUGUGCGCCACAGGCGUGGCGUACGGUGUGGGCGGCGUGUUGUUCGCAUUCAUCGCUCGUGGCAUACCGUACUGGCGACACCUGCUGUGGACCAUCCACACGCCCGCGCUGUUGCUGCCCGUCUACCGGCUCCUGCUGGACGAGAGCCCGCGCUGGCUGCACGCGCGCGGCCGCACACGUGACGCCGCUGCCGUUAUACGUAAAGCUGCCACGUUGAACAAGGUAAUUUUAAACGACGAAGUUAUGAAAGCACUAGAGAACGACGUAGUAAAGAAAGAAAUGAACGAGAGUAAACCUUGGCUGACACUAUUGAAGUCCCGCGUGAUGAUGAUCAGAUUCGCGCUGUGCUGCUGGUGCUGGAUCGCUUCCACGUUCGUGUACUACGGCCUCACCAUCAACUCGGUGUCGCUGGACGGCGACAAGUACAUCAACUUCGCACUUAACAUGGCUAUGGAGGUUGUCGCAUCGCUGCUCCUCAUGAUGGCGCUGGAGAGGUUCGGCCGCAGGCUCAGCAUAUUCGUAGCGUUCCUGCUUUGUGGCAUCGCGUGUGUCAUUCCAUUUUUUGUUUCUAGCGCCCGGACUGGCCUGGGGCUGUUCUUCGUGGGCAAGCUGGCGAUUACGUUCGCCUUCAACUCGGUAUACGUGUUCACCGCUGAGCUGUUCCCGACGCACGCGCGUAGCUCCGCCCUCGCCGCCUGCUCGCUCAUCGGCCGCGUCGGCUCCAUACUCGCGCCGCAGACGCCGCUUCUGAGUGCGUACGUGCAAGCGGCACUGUACGGUGCUUCCGCGCUGCUGGCGGCGGCGUCGGCGCUGCUGGUGCCGGAGACGAGGCGCGCGCUGCUGCCGCAGUCGGUGCCGGCGGCCGAGGGACUGCACGCGCCGCCCCCGCCACCUCCGCCGCCGCCCGCGCCCCACCCCCCGCCAGUGCUCUCCGUGGACAUGUGAUGAUGUGCAAUGUGCCACUUGCAGUGACAUUAAUUUUAAUGAAUGUCGCAAAUGUACCCUGUCUACCAAAGUUUCGUCUUAUGUGAGCUCACAAAACGUACAUAAAAGAGCAUUCAAUUCAGAAUUUCUAACUGAAAAUAUGGUAAAACUCACCAUGUAUUCCAAAUUUUAGUGUGGUAGUGUAUUUUAUCUUGUGUAACUUGACAACAGUACUUGUAGUUACAAAAAAUAAGGUACGGCUAAAUUUUAUACAGAGUGAAGAGGACAAGUCGGCCAAAACGAAAACAGCUGAUUCAGAUGGAUGGUCUGAACCAGAUGCCAAAUUAUUUUCUCACAAGAAAUGCAUCAUAGCCAUAUAAUUAACAAUUCUUAGGUUUGACGCCGCGCAAUGUAUUUAAAAUUUUACGACGUAUUGUGCUCCACGCGACACGGGAUAUCUACACCGCGCGCUACUUCGUAGGUAGUUUUCGUACACUUGUGACGUUGGCCUCACACAGCUGAUUCCGCGCGUCGCGGUACAAUUCGAUUACGAAUAAUACAUUGCUGUUUUUAGUAUUUUAUAGUAUUACACUGUAAAAUAUCACUUCUUUAUAUUAUGACAAAAUAUCACAGAUUACAUGAUUUUAUAUGAAAAAAAAAAACAGGUGAAAAUUUUUUAAAUUUCCGUAAAGUAUUUCCACUAGUUUUUAGUUCAAAAUAAUAAUCUGAAUUCGCUGUUUCAGUUUUUACCAAUCCGUCCCUUACACCCUGUAUAUACUCAAUCACGUCAUUUUCAUUUGUGAUCAUUCUCAUCUCAUAGAUCUUAUAUCUACUGAUUAUAAUUUGGGUAUUAUAGUAGGUAUUCUCGCGUUUGGAUUGUGUUAUAAAUUAAAAUAACAAAAAAAGUUAUGAAAAAAGGCUCUUCUUAUUUCGUUACUGAGAGGUCUUAUUACAGCGAGAAACUAUUUUUUUUUUUUAAUUUUAAAUAUUAUUAGUAGGCUUUAUUGUUACUACGCUAGCAAAGGGCCUUGGUGUUGGUAUUUAUUUCGAGUGUUCCUUUCAUUUAAUUACUCUUGAUCAGGGGUUCCCAAAUUUAUUUUGUCUACUGUCCACUUUAAGAAUAAAUUAUUUUUAGUGCCCCCAUUUUUUCACCUACUUCAAAAACCACUAUUACUUCAAGAUCAACAAAUCACGCCCCAAGCCUCUACACAACGCCCCCAUUUUUUUCUGGGUCUCUUACCGCCCCCUUUAAGGCCUGCAGCGCCCACAAGGGGGCAUUAUCGCCCACUUUGAGAAAGGCUGUCUUGAUGACAAUAAAAAAUGAUGUCAUUUAACCAAAUAAGUUAUAAUGUUUCUCCCUCUAAGCAUGAAAGCUAUAUGAUAUUAUUGCCAUCACAAUCUUGCAAUGUUUUGUAUGGCACCUGAUCCUGACGCAGGCAUGUUUUGAUAUUAUUAUAGGCCUCUCCCUCGAAAAGUCGGAAAGUUCCUAGGUUGUUUAGUUGUAAGUUAUGUGUAUAUUUGUAAAUAACUAACUCGUACAAAUGUAAAAUACGGUCAAUAAAAUUAUAUAUAUAUAUAUAU